ACAUGCUUUGAUCCCUCCCCAUUCCUCAUCCUCUUAAUCCUCUCCCAGCGAGCUUCUUGGAGCAGAGCCAAGAUCGCCGAGCACUCCCAGCUCUUGCACACAGCACACCCAUUCACCCAACCAAGAUCGUGUCGCCGUUUCUUGGCACGGAAAGCUUCGAUCUUGCUUCAUUUCCUCGAGGGGGCACUAUGUUGACGAUGGGGUACUUCCGGGCACCCAAGCUGGGCGGGAGGAAGUCGUCGUCGCCGGAGAGGGACGGCCAGAGCCUGCGUUCGGCGCUGCUCGUCGACGGCGAGACGGCGUCGGUGCCCAAGGGGUACUUCGCGGUGUAUGUGGGAGCGGAGGCGCGGCGCUUCGUGGUGCCCAUGAGCCUCCUCUGCCAGCCGGCGUUCCGGGCGCUCAUGGAGCUUGCCGCCGAGGAGUUCGGGUUCGGCCAGGCCGGCGGGCUCCGCAUCCCAUGCCGCGAGGAGGACUUCGUCGCCACCGUCGCCGAGCUCCUGCCCGCGGCCGAGUCCAGGCAGCGCCGCUGGAGCGCGGCCGGGGGCAGGCGGAGCACCUCGGUGAACUGGUGA